AUUAAAAUCCUCAUGUCUUCUUUUUGAUUUAUACAAAUCUAUCGGUUUUUCUCAAACUAACAAAACCUUUUAAAGCAUGGGCAAAAUCGACUUUUUCUCUAUUCUUGUUGUUUUGUUAUUGGUUCAUGGCACUCAUGUUGUAAAAAGUUUUUAUGGUUUUGAUGAAGUUGAAAGUUUGGAUGUUGAAGAUGAUGAAAUUGAGUUCUUGGAGUUGCCUUGGUGGUCAAGUCAACAUGGUAGCAAGGUUAUGAUCAAUGUGGAUAGCUUUGGUGCAGUUGGAGAUGGUGUUUCUGACGAUACAAAGGCAUUUGAAAAUGCAUGGUCAAAAGCCUGCUCUACAGCAAAAGCCGUACUUUUGGUUCCUCCUGGUCGCUCUUAUCUUGUUAAUGCAACAAGAUUUAAAGGACCUUGUGCUACAAAGUUAAUUGUUCAGAUCGAUGGAACAAUCGUAGCUCCAGAUGAACCCAAGAACUGGGAUUCAAAAAAUCCUCGGAAUUGGCUUCACUUUUCUAAUCUGACCGGAGCCACUUUCCAAGGACAUGGAAUUAUUGAUGGAUCCGGCAAGAAAUGGUGGGCUGCAUCUUGCAAAAAGAAUAAGACAAACCCUUGCGUAGGAGCACCAUCGGCGUUCACAAUUGAUCAAAGUUCAUCUAUAAAAGUGCAAGGUCUUACUUUCCAAAAUAGUCAACAGAUGCAUUUUGUCAUCUCUCAUUGUGACUCUGUGCGCAUAAAUAGUGUUGUAGUUUCUGCUCCUGAAGAUAGUCCUAACACUGAUGGAAUCCAUCUUACUGGAUCAACCAACGUCGUUAUUCAAAACAGCAAAAUUGGAACAGGUGAUGACUGUGUCUCGAUUGUGAAUGCUAGCUCAAAUAUCAAGAUGAAGAAUAUUUAUUGUGGGCCCGGUCAUGGAAUUAGUAUUGGAAGCUUGGGUAAGGAUAACUCUACUGGCAUAGUAUCAAAAGUAGUCCUGGAUACAGCUUUCUUGAAAGGCACUAGUAAUGGCCUCAGAAUUAAAACAUGGCAGGGAGGAUCAGGUUACGUUAAAGGCGUACGCUACCAAAAUGUAAAAAUGGAUAAUGUAGCCAAUCCCAUCAUAAUCGAUCAAUUCUAUUGCGAUUCACCUAAAAGUUGUCAAAAUCAGACGUCAGCUGUGGAAAUAAGCCAAAUAAUGUACCAAAACGUCACCGGAUCAUCAAAAAGCACAGACGCAAUGAAAUUUGCAUGCAGCGACACUGUGCCUUGCAAUAACAUAAUUUUAAAAAACAUCAAUUUACUAAAGCUUGAUGGUAAAACAGCCCAAACUUAUUGCAAUUCUGUUACAGGAAUUAAUUAUGGGCAAGUUCAACCUUCUGCUGAUUGUUUGACUUCAUCUGAUAAGUCGUCUAUUGAAGAAAUUGAGGUCAAUGAUGAUGAGCGCUUGAUUCAUAAUGAGCUUUAGCUCGAUUUCCUCGAGUCUUAGGUGCUCUAGAGGCUACUUUAUAUAGUAUAUAUGAGCCUAUACAGAUACUGUAUAGGCUCAACAAAUUAUAUAGAUACGAUAUGUGUUUUAAGUUUUGUGAAAUCUUGUAAAAAAUAUACUAAUGUCGAAUGGAUUUGCUAUCUUUUUGUCAUGUAUUGUCACGUUAUGGUUCUCCAUAAGAGGUGUGUCAGAUACUCAAAUAUUUGGAUUUCACCUUCUUUAUUACGGGGACAUUGUGAUUUAUCUUUCACAUGUUAGUUAUAGAAAUAGUUUGUGGGGGACAUUGUGAUUUAUCUUUCCCAUGUUAGUCCCGAG